CGGACUCGUCAUCUGCUACGUGAUUCUCAUUUUCCCUUGACAUACUGCUUGAACCUCACCGCCGUUCUCCACCAGGUCAGAAAUUGUCACUGGCAUGAGGACGUUUGACCGCCUCCCAACUCGAGAGGAACGCCCGUUUGUGCGGCACCUCAUCCUAUCGCGUGACACGGAUGUCCAGGUUACGGACGACACCCUGGCCGAGAUACUUGCCACAUGCAAUCAUUUAGAAACCGCCUUCCUGAGCGGUAUCGCUGAUUUAAGCGACAGAACGCUUAUUGUGCUAGCGUCCACUGCCGUGCAACUGGAAGGGAUCGAUCUAACCUCGUGCAAAGAGGUGACAGACGUCGGCGUAUGCGAGAUCGCAGCACAAUGCGCGGGACUCCAAUGGAUGAAGCUCAAUGGCAUCGUGGGUGUCACCGAUCCCUCCGUGUCCUUGAUUGCAAAGACAAUUCCCCACCUGCUGGAGCUCGAGCUGUGCGACCUCCCGCUCCUCACAGCUAACUCGAUACGGGAUGUUUGGAUGUUCUCAAGGAAACUGCGCCGGCUCCGGCUAUCCCAUUGUACUCAGCUAACGGACCAAGCCUUCCCCGCUCCCCGAGGCGGGAUAUCUUCGGACUCGUUCGCCGGGAUGUCUGCGGCAGGCGAGGCCGAUCACAGCGCUCCCAGUUGGUUAGACUCCCUCCCGCCGCUGGUCCUGCAGCAUACGGCAGAAGACCUGCGUGUCUUGGACGUGUCCUACUGUCAUAAACUGACGGAUCGUGCCAUAGACGGCAUUAUACAACAUGCCCCGAGACUGCAGACGUUGGUUUUGUCAGGCUGCACAGCGUUGACGGACAAAGCGGUCGACAGUGUGUGCAGACUCGGAGAUUUUCUCGACGUCCUGAUGUUGGCACAUGUAUCCAAUAUCACCGACAACUCCCUGGUCAGACUAGCGCGGUCAUGCACGAAGCUUCGGUGUGUCGAUCUCGCGUUCUGUCGCCGCGUUACCGAUCUCGGGGUAUCCGAGCUAGCCAGCCUUCCGAAUAUUCGGCGGCUGAACCUCAUCGGGCUGCGUAAGGUCACAGACAACGCGCUCUUCUUCAUGGCAGAGUCUAAUUGCAGGCUCGAGCGACUAUACUUAUCCCAUUGCGACCGUAUCACAUUGGACGCAGUUCACGUCCUUCUAACAAAGCUGGAGUCCCUCCGCCACCUCACCGCUACGGGUGUCCCCGCCUUCAAGCGUAGAGGCGUAAGUCGCUUUUCCGAAAAGCCUCCCCCACAGUUCUCUGAGACGAACACGUUUUUCGUCUUCUCGGGUGAGAAUGUCCGCAAUCUGCGCCGGUUCCUGGACAAAGAACGCAAAAGACGGCGGGAUGCCGAGGAGAAGUGCAUACCUUUUAGGCCGCGAUCUGACGAUGCUAUGGAUCUGUAUUGAUCUCUCACACGCUGGGACUGCUUGGACCGAAGUUAUACCUUUGCUGUCAUCAUAGCAGCAUGUUCGAUACCCAUAUUUAUAUCCAUCAUUGAUUUAUCAUAUCGAGGUCACAUAUUGUUAGACGCCCUUUGGCCUGAUAUUAUUGACAGGGUCUAGAGAGGAACCUGUGUACACAAUCUGAGGAAGGACAUGGAUCGGUGGGCAGGCAAGGGUAAUUCACUUAAGAGCGAUAGCUCGGGAGUCGGCGGUGGAGCCGGCUGCAGGCAUAGAUGGGAACUGGUGAGACACGCGAU